UUAAUUUAAAAAAAAUCCAGGAGAUGAAACUAGACAGCGGGUGAAAUUUACUGAUGAGAGAGUCUGCAGGAGCCAUCUCCUAGACAGUUGUCCAAAUGAUAUCUUGUCAGGAACGCGUAUGGACCUUGGCGAAUGCCCAAAGAUUCAUGACCUAGCAUUGAGGGCAGAUUACGAACUUGCUGCCAAAGAGAGGGACUUAUUCUUCGAACUUGAUGCAGAGAAAGUUCAUGAGCUGAAUGAAGAAAUUGGAAAGCUGCUUGCUGUAGCUGAACAGAUGGGUGCAGAAGGAAAUGUGGAAGAAUCACAAAGGAUUCUAGCCGAAGUAGAGAAUGUGCGUGCUGCAAAAAGAGAGGCAGAGGAGGAAUACUAUAACUCCAUGCCAGCAUCAAGCUUUCAGCAACAAAAGCUUAGAGUGUGUGAGGUUUGUUCAGCAUACCUGGGUCUUUAUGACAAUGAUCGUCGGCUUGCUGACCACUUUGGAGGAAAGUUACAUUUGGGGUUCAUACAGAUCAGGGAAAAAUUGGAACAUCUUAGGAGAAUUGUGGCCAGUAAACAAGAGAAGAGAAACCAGGAGCGUUUGCGGAGAAGGGAAGAGCGAGAUCGGGAGGAGAGGCUGAGAGGAUCACGGUCCAGGGAUCGGAGAAGAAGGCGUUCAAGAUCAGCUUCUCGUGAGAGAAGGCGUACUAGGUCCAGGUCAAGAGACCGAGACAGGCAGAGGCGUCACAGGAGUCGUUCCCGUAGCAGGAGUCAUCGUCGUAGCUCCAGGGACCGGAGCAGAGAAAGGUCUUCGAAACAUAAGUCUUCUAGAGAUCAGUCUUCUAGAGAGAGAUCAAGAGACAAAGAGCAAAAACGUGAUGAUAGCACAAACGAGAGAGACUCCAGGCGAUCUGAAGAGAGAGAGGCGGGGGAAAUCUGAAACUGAGAAACCUUACUGAACUGUAUAUAAUAAAAUGUUCUGCAAUUAUAGUCACAAAAACAGAAAAACAGAAUGGUCAUUGGGUUCUGCAGAGCAUUGUUUACUUUUCAUCACUUUUUUACUUUGCUUUGAUUUUUUUUUCAUAAAGCUACAUUCGACUUUAUCAAUAUGAAAUGAAUAUUCUUGUACAGUAGUUUGCCAGUAUUGUUGAACAGAUGCAUUUACUGUUGUGUAGUAAUGUACCCAUUUUAACACCAGACUCCACACAAGAUUUAAGUCACUUUUUAUGGGGUUUCCUCAAAUCCCAUUUUGCGAAUUGGGAAGCACCCAAACAGUCCCAGGUUCUCUCACAGAUGCUUCGGAACUAGUAAAGGUGAAUUUUGUACUUUACAGACACUGGUCUAAGAGUGAGUGUUUUCCUCUGUUUAACCUCCUUGUGCUGUGUAUAUAUCUCUUUUCCUGAGGAAAGCUGAGCAUCUCUUUCAGAGUUCAGAUCACUGACUUCCCAUAGUUGACAUGCAGAUGUCAUCUGAAUCCUUAAAAUGUUAAAUACUUUUUGAAAUGCACCUUAAUCUUCCGGCUAAUGCAUUUUUUAUGCAGACCCAUGGUGUCUUUUGUUGUGAAGUGCACUUCAUACCUGCGCUUUUCUUAAUAUGUACUCCUACUUCUGUUAAUAAAGGAUCUUAUUAAUUUAA